GUCUUGAUGUCCUAAAACGAACACACAAUUAGUCACGGGUUGCUCAUUAAAUUCAGCUAUAUAAUCCUAGGAUCAUCCUCUCAGAGAAGACCCAAGUCAAUCAAUCAUGGCUGCUUCUAAAUUAUCAGCCACGUUCUUCAUUUUCUUGAUUUUCAUGGCGAUUUCACUGCCACCCAUUUAUGCAUGCGCUCCUUGUACUCAUCCUCAUCCACCCUCACAUGGAGGCGGCGGAGGAGGUGGAGGUGGAGGUGGAGGAGGAGGAGGAGGAGGAGGAGGAGGAGGAGGAGGCGGCGGAGGAGGUGGUAGCCACCCAGGCCAUCCAACUAUUCCUCACCCUCAUCCACCAUCCACCAAGCACCCACCGCAUCACGGUGGAGGAGGAGGCGGUGGAGGUGGAGGCCACAAACCUAAACACCCACCAAUGCCACCAGUAGUAAUGCCACCUAUAAUCAUUAAUCCUCCACCGGUGGUAACACCUCCUACACCAUACCCACCAGUGAUCAUAACACCACCGCCACCUUCAGGAUACCCACCAAACCCGCCCUCUGAUUGCCCACCAGGAGGCGGAGGAGGUGGUGGUGGAGGCGGCGGCGGUGGUACUGUCCCAGUUAUUCCACCGCCUAUUACUCCAACUCAGCCAACUUGUCCGAUCAAUGCACUUAAGCUGGGAGCUUGUGUCGACGUGUUAGGAGGGUUAAUACACAUAGGGUUAGGUAAUCCAGUUGAAAAUGUGUGUUGCCCUUUGCUGAAAGGAUUACUUGAGCUUGAAGCAGCUGUUUGUCUCUGCCUUUCUAUACAUCUGAAGCUUCUGAAUCUCGACAUUUUCAUUCCUCUUGCUCUUCAAGCUUUGAUUACUUGUGGAAAAACUCCUCCUCCUGGUUUUGUAUGUCCUCCUCUUAGUUAAUUAUUUAGAUCGUACCUAGUUUAAUCACUAAUAAGGUGAAUUGUGUGUGUGUGUUCUAAUCUAGGGUUUCAAUGUUUCAUGUUUUAGUUUUAGGGUUUUGAAGUUAUCACUUAAUUAAUCAUUUAGGGUUUUGUACUAAUGUAUGGUGUUCGCCAAAUGUUAUUUAGCUUUCUGUGGAGGUAUACGAUUGGGUGUAAUUGUAAUUUGCAAAUUCAAGUGUUGUUUGUUACAGUAUCA